GGAUUCUUAGCGCGGACACCUAGCGCCGCUUUUCUUUACGCGCUCUGCACAUGCGCGACUGCUGUUCCCUUCUUCCUCCGCUUCCGCUGCCGUCCACGGUUCGCGGAGCCGCCGCCAGCGCCGCGGAGAAGUCGGGAAGUUCAAGAUGGCCGCCGCGGAGCCCUCGUCGCUGCGGGAGCAGCCGGAGAUGGAUGAUGCUGAUAAUUCUGAAAAGAGUAUAAAUGAAGAAAAUGGGGAAGUAUCAGAAGACCAAUCUCAAAAUAAACACAGUCGUCACAAAAAAAAGAAGCAUAAACACAGAAGUAAACAUAAGAAACAUAAACAUUCCUCAGAAGAAGAUAGGGAUAAAAAACACAAACAUAAGCAUAAGCAUAAGAAACACAAAAGAAAAGAAGUUAUCGAUGCUUCUGACAAAGAAGGCCUGUCCCCUGCAAAAAGAACUAAACUUGAUGAUUUAGCUUUACUGGAAGACUUGGAAAAACAGAGAGCCUUGAUUAAAGCUGAGCUUGAUAAUGAGUUAAUGGAGGGAAAGGUCCAGUCUGGAAUGGGGCUCAUUUUGCAAGGCUAUGAGUCUGGCUCCGAAGAAGAAGGUGAGAUUCAUGAAAAGGCAAGAAAUGGAAAUAGGUCCAGUACCAGGUCUUCCAGUACACGGGGUAAACUUGAAAUUACGGACAACAAAAAUAGUGCAAAGAAACGAAGUAAGAGCAGAUCCAAAGAACGGACUAGACAUAGAUCGGACAAAAGAAAAAGUAAGGGAGCUGUUGAAAUGGUAAGAGAGAAAGCAAAUAGGAGCAAGUCUAAGGAGAGGAGAAAGUCCAGAAGUCCAUCCAAAAGAAGCAAGUCUCAAGAUCAAGCAAGAAAGUCAAAGUCCCCUACCCUUAGACGGCGGUCCCAAGAGAAAAUUGGGAAGGCAAGAUCUCCUGCUGAUGAGAAGAUUAAGAUUGAAGAGAAAGGUAAAGUAAAGGAUAGGAAAAAAUCACCAAUUGUAAAUGAAAGAAGUCGAGAUCGAUCUAAAAAAUCCAGGUCCCCAGUUGACUUGAGAGAUAAAUCCAAAGACAGAAGGUCAAGGUCCAAAGAGCGGAAGUCAAAACGGUCUGAAAUUGACAAAGAAAAGAAGCCAAUUAAAUCUCCUUCAAAAGAUGCUUCUUCUGGGAAGGAAAAUAGGUCACCUAGUAGAAGACCUGGCCGUAGUCCUAAAAGAAGAAGUUUGUCUCCAAAACCACGGGACAAGUCAAGAAGGAGUAGGUCUCCGCUCCUCAAUGACAGAAGAUCUAAGCAGAGCAAAUCGCCUUCUCGAACACUGUCUCCAAGCAGAAGGGCCAAGAGCCGGUCCUUAGAAAGGAAACGGAGAGAGCCAGAGAGGAGACGACUCUCUUCUCCAAGAACACGACCUCGGGAUGAUAUACUCAGUAGAUGUGAACGAUCAAAAGAUGCCAGCCCCAUCAAUAGGUGGUCUCCAACCCGAAGAAGAAGUAGGUCCCCCGUUAGAAGGAGAUCCCGUUCCCCACUGAGACGCAGUAGGUCUCCAAGAAGAAGAAGCAGGUCUCCUCGGAGAAGAGAUAGAGGUCGAAGGAGCAGGUCACGUUUGAGAAGAAGGUCUCGAUCACGGGGUGGUCAUAGGAGAAGGAGCAGAAGCAAAGUAAAGGAAGAUAAAUUUAAAGGAAGUCUCUCGGAAGGAAUGAAAGUUGAGCAGGAGUCUUCGUCUGAUGAUAACCUUGAAGAUUUUGAUGUGGAGGAAGAAGAUGAAGAGGCUCUAAUAGAGCAGAGAAGGAUACAGAGGCAGGCGAUUGUGCAGAAAUACAAAUAUCUUGCUGAAGAUAGCAACAUAUCUGUGCCUUCUGAGCCAAGUAGUCCUCAGAGCAGUACAAGAUCACGAUCGCCUUCGCCAGAUGACAUCUUGGAGCGGGUGGCUGCUGAUGUAAAAGAGUAUGAGCGGGAGAAUGUCGACACAUUUGAGGCCUCAGUAAAAGCCAAGCAUAAUCUAAUGACAGUUGAACAGAAUAAUGGUUCAUCUCAGAAGAAGCUUUUGGCUCCUGAUAUGUUUACAGAAUCUGAUGACAUGUUUGCUGCUUAUUUUGAUAGUGCUCGUCUCCGUGCUGCUGGCAUCGGGAAAGAUUUCAAAGAGAAUCCCAACCUUAGGGAUAAUUGGACAGAUGCAGAAGGCUAUUACCGUGUGAACAUCGGGGAAGUCCUAGAUAAACGUUAUAAUGUGUAUGGCUACACGGGCCAGGGUGUGUUCAGCAAUGUUGUACGUGCCAGAGAUAAUGCAAGAGCCAAUCAGGAAGUGGCUGUAAAGAUCAUCAGAAACAAUGAACUCAUGCAAAAGACAGGUUUAAAAGAACUGGAGUUCUUAAAAAAACUUAAUGAUGCUGAUCCUGAUGACAAGUUCCAUUGCCUACGACUCUUCAGACACUUCUACCACAAACAGCAUCUCUGUCUUGUAUUUGAGCCUCUCAGUAUGAAUUUGCGGGAGGUGUUAAAGAAAUAUGGUAAAGAUGUUGGUCUUCAUAUUAAAGCUGUAAGAUCCUACAGUCAGCAGUUGUUCCUGGCAUUGAAACUCCUUAAGAGAUGCAAUAUCCUGCAUGCAGAUAUCAAACCAGACAACAUUCUGGUUAAUGAAUCAAAAACAAUUUUAAAGCUCUGUGAUUUUGGAUCGGCUUCACAUGUUGCAGACAAUGACAUAACGCCUUAUCUUGUCAGUAGAUUUUAUCGUGCUCCGGAGAUCAUUAUAGGUAAAAGCUAUGACUAUGGUAUCGAUAUGUGGUCUGUAGGUUGUACCUUAUAUGAACUCUAUACUGGAAAAAUCUUAUUUCCUGGCAAAACUAAUAACCAUAUGUUGAAGCUCGCCAUGGACCUCAAAGGAAAAAUGCCAAAUAAGAUGAUUCGGAAAGGUGUAUUCAAAGAUCAACAUUUUGACCAAAAUCUGAACUUCAUGUACAUAGAGGUUGAUAAAGUGACAGAGAGGGAGAAAGUUACUGUCAUGAGCACCAUUAAUCCAACUAAGGACCUGUUGGCUGACUUGAUUGGGUGCCAGCGACUUCCUGAAGAUCAACGUAAAAAAGUGCACCAGCUAAAGGACUUGUUGGACCAGAUCCUAAUGUUGGACCCAGCUAAGCGAAUUAGCAUCAACCAGGCCCUGCAGCAUGCAUUCAUCCAGGAAAAAAUUUAAACGAGAUGAAGAAACUCCAAGGGUUUGAGUAAUUAAAUACAAAGACUGAAGAAAUUUCACAGCAGUUUAUUAUUAAUGUAUAUAAACUUAUAAAUAUUUCUGCAGCAAAUUUGAGGAAGCAUGAUAUAUUUGAAUUAACACCAAGGGUGAUAUUUCUUUUAGAAAUGUUAGUUAAUCUGUUUUGUGUCUUAUGUGAAAUUUCACUGUAGAAAUGUUUUAAUUGCCAAGACUGCACAAAAUUACAGUGCUAAUGUAUAUGGUUGCAGUUCACAUAAAAGACAAAAAGCAUCUGUUAUGAGUAGCAGUGCUGGGUGGUUGACUUGUUUUUAGCAGACUUGGCUUCAGUUUGGUCUCAGAUGCAAUGGCCAGCAUAAAUGCUGUUUAUAUUCACGUUUUCCUAGGUGUGAGUGCAGGCCACAGCAGCAUGCCCUUGGUGUAGUCAGUGCCGAAGGGAAUCUGUUCCUUCUUGAGCCUGCCUGCAGGGAUGUCUCCUCUUUUAAAGCAGGUUGUGUACAACAUUCAGUACACUGAAGGUAAGCUAAACCAUCAACAUCACCAGUGUUUUAAGAUGUUAUUUUAUUGGAAUAAUUGAAAAUGAGGGAUAGCUUUGUGGCAGAAUUCCCUGCAUGUGUGAUAACUGAUCUUGUUUAUUUUUGGCAUCGUAACUGUGGCAUAGUUACAGUUUCUGUUCUGUUCAUCACAUUUAAAAUUUGAAGCGUAUGCACUUGAUGGAUAGAGCGCCUUCAGUGUACUGUUUCUUAUUAACUUUAAUUUUUUUAAAUCAACUUGCUAUAGACUUUAUAUACAUUUUGUUAAAUACAGUUCUUAGUGACAUAGAAACUGCAGUUUUCAUUUACUAAUUAAAAUGUUGAGGCCUACUUCUGAAAGUCCUCAUAUUUAAAAGAUAGACAACAUAAUGAGAUUUUUUAACUAUUUGUAUGUCAUUUGGAGAGUGUACUGCUUUAUGGUAAAAGUGUUUUUCAUUUGUUCAUUGUCUGCAUUAUUUGUGAUCAUGUUGUCUUUCAAUACAGGCAUAAACCUUCCACUCUUGAACAAAGCAGCUGCUUUUUAAAAGCGGUAAUUGCUUCUUUACCUUUUAUUUCUUUUGUAAAUGAAGCUUUUCUUUAAAAAUGUGACUUUAAAGUGUUGUCUAUUGCAUAAACAGUUGACACUCACUUACUGUAAAGAGAAGAUUGUUCUACUGCAUGGGAAGUGGACCAUGCAGAUUUCUGUAUGUUCUCAGUAUGCAUCACUAGAUAAUAAAGUCUUUUGUGAACAAGGCAUUGGUAGCCAUUUUUAAAAGAUUUUGUCUUCAGUGCUGGUAAGUCAGGUAAACUGUAAAUAGUUAAAAGCAGUCUUUGUUUUCUCCUGAAAGUAUUACCUGCUAAUAUAUAACUCAGUAUAGCCUGAUUUUUAAAUUUUGUUUUAAUAAUUAGGGUCUUAAUUAUUUCAUCCAGAAAAAAAUCCUUCAAAUUUUGUCAGCUUUCAGUGUAGUGAGGUUAUUCCUGUAGGUUAUAGGGUAUAACUCAGGAUUUAACUAAUGUUUCUGCUAUUUUCUCACUUUUCCUUUUGAUGGUGCGGAAAGAGAAAAAGGAAAGCGGGGCACAGGCCAUUCGACGCCUUCUCCAAGGGGUCUGAUUUGCUGAGACACCAGCUUCACCUUCUUAACAAGGCACCUAAUCACAACAAGCAUGCACAUUUUGGUGCAUUCAAGAAUGGAAUAUCAGAAUAGCAGCAUUCUCCUGGUGCAGCUCAGUGGAAGAUGACGGCAGCCAGAAGACAUGAGCCAAGGGUAAGGGACUGUGCUUCCGAAGAACCAUUCCAUUUAGUGAUCAAGAUACGGAAGCUGCUCUCAGAAAAUGCUUGAUGUGUAUCCUAAUUGUUCAUAAUACCGUUUGAGUUGUAACUUGUAUUGUAGCAGCAUAUGAUCCCAAACAACUUAAUAGGAAGCUUAAUAAAGUGUUCCUCUUGCUAUCA